AUGAAGAUCCUCGAUAUCGCCGCCGUUGCUGCGGCAGCCUUCCAAACCGUGGCCGCCGCGCCCACCACUUCCGAGCGUCACGAUGGCGGGCGUCCGAAGGGCCUCGGUGACCUAGCGAGGAAGUCGGGCUUGCUCUAUUUUGGCACGGCCAUCGACAACGUCGCGUUUAACGACUCCAGAUAUCUCUCCAUCGCGUACGACAAGCACGAAUUUUCGCAGGUGACGCCGUCGAAUGGGCAGAAGUGGAUGUACACCGAGCCCUCGCAAGGUGUCUUCAACUUCACGGCCGGAGACCAGGUCGUCGAUCCGGCUGUCCGCGCGGGUCAGCUUCUUCGCUGUCAUGCUCUUCUCUGGCACAAUCAACUGCCCGACUGGCUGACCUCGGGGACCUGGACGCGUGAGGAACUUCUGGAUAUCCUCGAGAACCAUAUCAAGAACGUAGUCACCCACUACGCCCCGACCUGCUACGCCUGGGACGUCGUCAACGAAGCCUUCGACGAAGACGGCACACUGCGCUCGACCAUCUUCUCCUCGACCAUCGGGCCCGACUACAUCGCCCACGCCUUCCGCUUCGCCCGCAAGCACGCCCCGCCCACCACCAAGCUCUACUACAACGACUACAACAUCGAAACCAUCAACGCCAAAUCCGACGCCGCCCGCGCCCUCGUCCGUUCCCUCCUCUCCGACAACACCAGCACCGCCGCCCCGCUCAUCAACGGCAUCGGCCUGCAAUCCCACUUCAUCGCCGGCAGCAGCCCCUCGCGCGCCGACCAGGCCGCCAACAUGGAAGCCUUCCUCGCGCUGUCGCCCGACAUCGACGUCGCCAUCACGGAGCUGGACGUCCGCGUCGAGCUGCCCAACGACGCGGCCAAGACGGCGCAGCAGGCCAGCGACUACGCCGACGCCGUGGGUGCGUGCGUGGAUAACGCGCCGCGUUGUGUUGGUGUCACGGUUUGGGAUUUCUACGACCCGUUGAGUUGGGUGCCGAGCACGUUUCCGGGCGAGGGCGAUGCGACGCUGUUUUGGGCGAAUUAUACGCGGAAGCCGGCGUAUUAUAGUAUUGCGGAUGUGUUGAGGGGUUGA